UGAAAGAGGCAAUAAUCUUGAAAUUUCACGGGAAUAAAAAGGGCAUUAUUUGUGCCGUUACACACAGUCGUCAAUUUGAAAUCACGUGGAUAAGAAAUCCCUUCACAACAGACCGACAGAAUUUUUUCGUUAUACUUUGUCGAGUGGAUAGGCUGAUUUUACUAGAAAAAUGAAGGUAGUAGGCUUAUUAGCGUGCUGCGUAUUUGCAGUUGCUAUUCACUUUUCGAAUGGCGCUGCAGUUGAACCUAAAGCUGGAGGAAAGAGCAUGGUGUGCUAUUACGGAAGCUGGGCGGUCUAUCGGCCGGGAAACGGCAAGUUUGACGUUGAGCAAAUUGACCCGUUCCUCUGCACGCAUAUCAUCUACGGAUUCACUGGACUUGGUACCGAUAACACUAUGAUACCUUUGGAUCCUUGGAACGAUCUCUACGACAACUGGGGCAAAGGAGCUUUCCUAAGAUUCACCGGGUUGAAACAACAAAACCCGAAUUUGAAAGCCCUGAUAGCCAUUGGAGGAUGGAACGAAGGAUCAGAAAAAUACUCAAGAAUGGUGUCUGACCCCGCAAAAAGAGCUACAUUUGUUAACUCGGUGGUUAAUUUCAUUAAGAAAUAUAACUUUGAUGGCUUGGAUUUUGACUGGGAAUACCCUGCAAAUAGAGGCGGUCUUCCUUCGGACAAGCAAAAUUAUAUCAGUAUGAUUCGCGAAUUGAAAAAUGCAUUCACGCCAUACGGUUGGUUGCUUACAGCUGCUGUUUCUCCUGGAAAGUCGACAAUUGAUUCUGCGUAUGAUAUUCCGGCCUUAGCAGGUAUCCUGGAUCAGGUUCAUGUCAUGAAUUAUGAUUACCACGGAAGCUGGGAAACUUAUACUGGAUUGAAUGCGCCUUUGUACGCCAACCCCAACUACGAUCUUACAAUGGAUAACCAAUUUUUGAAUGCGAACUGGACAAUUUAUUACUGGCUUUCAAAUGGAGUACCCCCCUCUAAGAUUAUUAUGGGUAUGCCACUUUACGGUCGCGGAUUCCAGCUAGAUAAUUCAGCUAAAAAUGGUUUCUAUGCAAGCGCUGCUAAUCCUAUCCCGGCUGGACCUUACACACAACAAGCCGGCACAUGGGGAUACAAUGAAAUUUGCGAGAAAUUCAAAGCCGACGGUACUUGGACUGUGGUUAGAGACUCUUGCUAUCAAACGCCAUACGCCUACAAGAACAAUUUAUGGAUUGGCUAUGAUGACGAGCAAUCUUUAAGGAAUAAGGGUAAGUAUAUCGCGGCCAUGAAUCUAGGAGGCGCUCUUACCUGGUCGAUAGAAACUGACGACUUCAGAGGAUACUGUCAUGGAACACCUUUUAUCUUGACAAAAUCGAUUGUUGAGGCCAUGAACGGACCUACAAACCUCAUGCCAACUAACCCUUGUGCAUCAGGUUCCCCACCACCUCCUACACCACCUCCUAUUGAUACUACUACUAAGUCUACUACUAUCCAAAUUACUACUCCUAAUAAAGUUACUACAACUACAACAGCCACUCCUAGUACAACUACUACUAAAAUAAGUACUAACCCGACUCCCACAAUUACCUCGACUCCACCCUCGACUCCUUCUUGCACUUGUGCAAUUCCUACUGGCACUCCAGCUCCCCCAGUAACCACUACGCAGGCAUCAUCAGGUGGAACGACUUCGGAACCUAAUUCCGUUUGUAAGAAAGAAGGUCUGAACGCCGAUCCAAAUGACUGUGGGAUAUUUUACCAAUGCAUAGCCCAAGCAAGUAACGGAUGGCUUGUGUACACCCAGCACUGUGCAGCGGGAACGGUUUUCAAUGCCAAGAUAGACGUUUGCGACUUUCCACAAAAGGUUCCAGGAUGCGAGAACUAUUACGGAUAACAAAACAAAAGACAGAAGACUAUUUCAUCAAUACAUUUUAGGAUUCUAGUAAUGAAGCAAAAAAAUGUGUCACAUUUCCAUUGUUUCAUUGUAGUACAGUAUGUAUUCUAUUCUGCA